AUGGACGGUGUUCCUGAGUUUGGAAAUCUUUUGGGGAAGAGUUCCCUGUUCAAUAGCGGCGAUGGUGAGGCGGAUCAUGAUAAUGAUGAGUCUGGUGGCAUAGGUGUUGAUGAUGACUCAAGAGGUUGUUCUUUUAUUACUAGUAAGGGAAAGGUUGUAAAAUUGAGAAAGAAGCGCUCGCAGAAGUUACUACAGCCCAUUGAGCAUCAAUUGUUUGGGUUGGAUGCGAGUAAAGUUGCAUGGCGAGAGGAUGAGAGUUACGGUAUAAAUAUAAAUGCUCUACUAGACCGCAUUGAAUGUCAGAGUCCCGGUUAUAAAGAUGUCAAGGAACCUGAGAAGGAAACUGAGAAGGAUAUUGAGAAGGAAAUUGAGAAGAAAUCUGAGACGGAAUCUAAAAAGAAGGCCAAAACGACAGAAGCAGACAACUGUGGUACUGAAUUAUGGGUGGAAAAAUGGUGUCCUCGAAAUUUUCUGGACCUAGUUGGAAACGAAAAGACCAAUAGACGAGUGUUGCGUUGGAUUAGACAGUGGUCUCCCUGUGUUUUUGACGAACAAUUGCCCGAAGUUUAUGGCCAGAGGAACGAAACGGAAGUCCUUGAUCCUUUACUGCGGCCAACGAAGAAAAUUCUGCUGAUUCAUGGCCCACCGGGAAUUGGCAAGACCUCUGUGGCUCAUGUGGCCGCCAAGCAGGCGGGAUACUCUGUAGCCGAGAUAAAUGCCAGUGAUGAGAGAGCCGGCACUUUAGUACGAGAUAAAGUUCAUAACACGCUUUUCAACCAUACAUUCAAUGAACGGCCGGUGUGUCUCGUUGCCGAUGAGAUUGAUGGCAGUAUCGAAAGCGGUUUCAUUAAGAUCUUGACUGAUCUGAUCAAUAAGGAUGCACAGGCGACGCAAAGGCGUAUGCUGGGACCCAACAUGAAAUCCAGGACGAAAAAACAGAGGAAGAGUGCCAAGCUUUUGCUGCGACCUAUAAUCGCGAUUUGCAACAACCUAUAUGCACCUGCACUUGAGAAAUUAAAACCCCAUUGUGAGAUAAUCGCUUUCAAGAGACCUUCAGACAGUUCCUUAUUGGAGCGGUUAGAGCAUAUAUGUAAAGUGGAGGGGCUCAAAGUUCCAGUGAAGUUUUUGAAAGAGCUUAUGGAUGUGGCUCAAGGAGAUGUAAGAAACUGUGUUACUAACCUUCAAUUUAUCGCCUCGCAUCAAAAACCAAAUCAGGAUCCAAAGAGUAACCCAUUGGACUCUAUAUCAAAGGACUUUUCACAAUCAUGGUUCAGAAUCUGUAAUCAGGUAUUUAGACGAGAUCCGCGUCGAGAGUUGACAGCGCAACUUCGAGAGAAGACUCGACAGGUUGAACUUAACGGAAAUUACGAAAGAAUCGUACAAGGAUGCCAUUCAUUGUACCCCAAUGUCAAGUAUUCGGAUAACGGGAUUCAAAAACCUGCUACUAUUGCUGACUGGCUUUUUUUUCACGAUUUGAUGUUCAAAUCUUUAUUUGAACACAAUGGUGAGUUAUUGCGAUAUUCCAGCGUUGUGCCUUUGGCCUUUUUCAACUUGUUCGGCGAUGUGGCCAAUAGGGAAGAUAUGAGGAUUCAAAAUUCGGAGUUUGAGCUUAGAGAACAACAGAAAAGCAAUCAGGAUAUCUUAAAACUCGUCCUGCAUAGGAUUUCGAUGGAAGUUCCAGCUAUGGUACCAUUUACAAGCUACGAGUCUCUGAUUUUAACUGUUCUGCCGCAUGUUGAUUAUAUGAUCUCAUCGGACUUGAGCAAGUGCAGAGAUCCAAAGUUGAAGCAAUCGAUAUUUGAUUCUUUGAUAGGAUUACUGAAAUGUUUCCAGCUGGAUAUAGUCGAAAAGUACUUCGAGCAGGUAACCAGCAAAAAGCUUCUAUGCAUUGAACCGCCGAUCGACAAAGUAGUUCUGCUGGAUCCACAGCGACAAAGAGAUGUCCUAGUCAAGCGGCCAGCUACCUUCCACUUGUUACUGGCAAAAUUAGAAGAAAGCAAGGCUAGAAAGAGGCAUAUUAAGCAGAUCAGUGACAACAGAGAACGGAACGAGGAGAUCAAGGACAAGAGGGCAAGGACUGUUAAGAGUGGUGUGAACAUGGCAGAUUUUUUCAAAACCCAAUAUCGGCGCAACGACAAAGGCGAGUCUGAACCAAACCAUAAGUCAAAGGAAGGGAAUAACGAUAACAAGGUACGCAUCUGGGUGAAAUAUAAGGAAGGGUUUUCUGAUGCUGUCAGGAAAAACGUUUCAUGGAAUAAUUUAUGGGAUUGA